UGAAAUGCUUGAGGAAAGACCUGUGUAUAUAAGCAGACGACACUGUGGUGUCUCUCAGUACCGUGAUGGCUGCUGUCAGGAAAGGGUUACCGCACUUUGCCGCUGGCACUGUCAUCAAAGGCUUCGGACGGGGUUCCAAAGAGCUUGGAAUUCCUACAGCAAACUUUCCUGAUCAUGUUGUCGAGAAGCUUCCUGAAGAGAUCACAACAGGGAUAUAUUACGGUUGGGCAAAAGUUGAUGAUGGACCAGCAUACAAGAUGGUGAUGAGUAUUGGCUGGAAUCCAUACUACAAAAACAAGAAAAAGUCAAUGGUAAGUCAGUCUUGUUUAAACAAUUAAAAUUAAUGAAACUAU